AUGGCUACCCCUAGUGUCCUCGCUUUUGACGGUGAGGGUCGGGCCAUUGACUUUGACGUCUGGGUAGAUGACCUCAAGCUUUUCCUACCGUGCGAUAGGGCAGACGGUCUCUCCCUCUUUGACCUCACCUCUGGUGCCUCUCCUGCCCCUGCUGCUGAUGCCGACGCCACUGUUUGCUCACAGUGGGCCACACGCGAUGCUGCUGCACGUCUUGCUGUGCGUCGCCACCUGCCUACCUCUGAGCGUGCGCACUUUAGCCAGUACAAGAGUGCUCAGACCUUGGACCACUUCCUCUCAGUUUGCCCCACCACUCUCACCGUUGACCUCCUCGAGAAGGCCCUCCUAGCAGCAGAGAAGAGCAUAGUCGCUGUAGGAGCCUCUCGUGGUGAUCCUCGCACCCCCGUCUUUGAGGGGUGUUCCCCCUCCCCCCUUUUGCCCUCUGUUGCCUCUGCUGCUGCGGCCGACCUCGUUGGUUUCGAGUCGGUCGGCGCUGCGUCUGCCCCGAGCGGGAGACGGCGCACCGGCAAGGGCAAGCGAGGCAAGGGUGCUGGAGGGGCUGGCGGGGGUGGCGGAGGUGGCGGUGGAGGUAGUGGAGGGGGUGGGGGUGGUGGUGGGAGUGGUGGUAGGGGUGGAGGCCUCAAUAUGGUUGGUACGAACUCCGGAGGUGCUAGUGGCGAGAUGGAUAGAAGUAGAGAGGCUGGAGAACUGGGGGGAGUUGCUGGUGGAGGAGUGGGGACUCACCAACCAGCCAACCCUACGCUACCUACUUCUUCUACACCAUCUCCUAAUACCGUGGAUCCUGUGAAAUCUUUCUCUAUUGAGAAAUUCAUGGGGGAGGACUACGAGCACUGGAGUUUCCGCAUGAGGCUGAUGUAUACCCAAUACAAGCUAUUGGAUUUGGUGGAGGGGAAGGAGAAGAUGCCGGAGGCCGCGGAGCUGAAAGGAGCGUGGAUGAAGCGAUCGUUCGACGCCGUGGAUUACAUUCGCGCGCGCAUCCUAGAGGAGGACUUGCGGCGGCGGAGUGUGGAGCGCUCGGAGGAGGGGGCUGGCUAUGGAGUUGGAGGUGGAAAGAGUGGCUUCAAGAAGAAGUGGAAGGGCAAGAAUAAGGAUAACCCUAAGGAGGAUGGCGGCGGGGGUCAAGGGGAGGUGUGCUUCUACUGCAAGAAGCGCGGACAUCGUUGGCGGAAGUGCUACCAACGACCCAAGGAUUGGACCCCGCCUUCAUCAAGCAACCAGCGUGGUGGCACGAGGAGUGGGGGAGUCAUGGGAGCUAGUGGAGAGGAGAAGGAUGAGGAGAAAGGCGGCAAAUCUGAGGAGCGGAAGGCCGGGUUCUUCUUCUUCGUGAACGAAGGCGCAACCGACCACGCUAUGGCUGCCAAGUUUGUGGAGGACGUCAUGUACAAGGACUGGCAGCAGCAGCAGCAGGUGCAGAUUGGCUUGCGUCUGCAGGAGAUUGAGCGGUAUGCAGUGGAGGAGGUUCAGCUGCACCUUGAGGAUCUCCCUGGGUCAGAGCUGACCAGUGAUCACAGUCGCGGUGGUGAGCAGCAAGGCGCUGGUCCUGUUGCGGAGGAGGGGUUGGAGGAUGAGUCGGCACGUGUGGACUCACCUUCUCAGCCCGAGCCUGCUGCAAACGCCAAGGUCACCAAGAGGAGUGUGCAGAAAGGAGCUUCACCACAUGGGCAGCAGAUUGCAACCCGUGAGAAGAGAGUGGCAGCAGCACCCUCAAGGCUGAAAGUUCAACAGUCUCAUUGA